GGGUUGUACAGGAGUGACAGGUUUUUCGCUGAAACCCAGUCGGCAAGAGUCUCUCCGUACCGGUUGCUGGAGUGGUACCCCCAGUCUGUGUGCCUUCAGUUGAAAUCGCCUACAUACGGGCAAGGGGCAGGGAAAGUGGUCAAUGAUGUCAUCUUGAGUCCCACAGGUGGAGGUUUGUAGACAUUGACAUACGUAGUAUUCAGCACCUCUACAGAAUGCCAUUCGAUAUCGCUUCCCGCGGUGAUGCUUUUCAACAUGCUAGUCCAGGCACACAAAGCAGACCUGUGGAUAGUUCUAGUUGUUUCUGUGGUGGCUACUGGCAUCCACGCAAGUAAGAACGAGGAUGGAGCCAUCUUCCUGGAUCGAGGUAACCCUGGCAUCCUGUCCUGUCCUCUCGUCGCAUCCGGACAAAUCCCGCUGGAUCAGAUCGAAGUCAUGUACUGGUUCUUCCCCCUAGUACGAGAUGAAAACAUCUUGAUCUCCUACUUCCUAGGGAACAUCGCUCCACAAAACGGCAUCCCGGAGGGCGUGUAUGACAUUAACGACAAUUUCUCUCUGGUUAUUGAGAACGUCACCGACUCAGACGAAGGGACCUACUACUGUAGGAUCAAACCGAAGUUAAGACCGCUGUUUGAUGGGCAGGUGACUAAGCGUGUCAAAGUAUCCCCCAAUGAUCCGUUUCCCGACGUAACUCAAUGCACUGAACGUAUCUAUGAGACUAUGUGCGAGGCAGAGUUACCGAACGACAUCAAGAAACCGAGGUUGGCUUGCAUCGUACGGGAUGCCAAGCCUGCCGUGGCUCUCCGAUGGCUGCUGGAGUAUAGUGAUGGCGACACACAACUCAUCAGCGACAGGUUCACCGUACAUCCGAGUGAGUAUUCUGUGAACACCUUCACCACUUUAGCAUCAAUCCCAGUUACGAGUGAUGUGGACAUGAAGUACAGAUGUCUAGCAUACGGGGAGGGUCUGGGCGCCAGGAAUGGUAGCCACGUGACGGUGACUGUCACCACAGCUCAUCGUACCUCUCAUAAACCACAUGUGACAUCAGUUCAACCUCCCACAGCUGCAACAUUGAUACCUAAAUUGGGCAUUAAAUCUGAUGUUAAGGACGCUCCAGAUAGCUUUCAAAAUGCCGCGAUUGGGCUUGCAGUUGCCUUUUGCCUGUCAUUGGCUGUCAUCGUUGGUUUGGUUAUUGCUGUGUGCAAGAGGAUGCCUGAACAAAAGAAUGACAUCGAGGAGAACAAUAACCAGAAGAGUUACCGAGAAAAUAAAGGAUCUCAGGGCAAAACCCAGGAGACGUAUUUGGAUUGCGAAGUCGUCAUCCCACUUAACGGAGUCAACGGACAGUGUGUAGCUUGAAUUACUGCAUAAUUAACAAGCCAAUUGUACGUAUGAAAAUUUCAGUCUUAAAAACGGAUUUAGGGAAAUCCCUCUGUGUGAAAAAUACUGAUUUUCCUCGUUAGUUUCUCAUUGUUUUCAAAACAUGUGAAAUAUGGGUUUCCCGAGCUAUUUUUUUUUCAGCCAAACUCCCUUUAACGAAACUUUAAUUUCGUACCCGAACAUCGUUGAGCUCAGUUCUCAAUUUCAAUUUCAAAAAGCCACCGAGAGGAAGGUUUAAUUUAGCUUUAGGUUUAAACCAUAACAAAAAUCUGGUUCGAAAACUCGGUGUAUUUAUUGAGGCAUAUACAAAAGAAUUACUUAAAAUCCAAACAGGGUUUUCCCAGUUACUUAAACACUUAUAACUUUCAAAAGCCACCAAUGGAAGGUGCACGUAUAAUUCAAGUUUAUAGCACUGUAAUUCUUAAAUCUCAUGGUCUUGGCGGGUCUUGGUAUUUGGUCUAGGAUGUGUGAUUGACGUCUAACGGAGUUGACGGACAGUGCUGUGUAGCUUGUUUGACUUCAUAAUUAACAAGCCAACUGUACGUAUGACAAUUCAGUCUAAGUAACGGAAUUACGGAAAUCCCUCUUUGUGGGACAUAUACUGAUUGUCCUCGUCAGUUCUCAAUUGUUCUAAAAAUCAUGUGAGAUAAAGGUUUCCGCAGCUAUUUUAUCACCCAAACUCCCUAUAAUGACACUUCCACUUUGUCCCCAAACGUCAUCGAGCUCAGUUCUCAAUUUCAAUUUCAAAAAGCCACCAAGGACGGAAGGAUUAAUUUAGCUGUAGGUUUAAACCGUAACAGAAAUUUGGUUCGAAAAUGCAGUACAUUGAUUGAUACAAAAGAAUUACUUAGAAUCCAUAAUGCUUUCAUGUGUGCGUUUAUCUGGCACUUUGGUUUUCAUCUCGAGCGGGGGACAUUUAGAACCACCAUAGGGGCACUUUUGUUGG